GAAUCUCUGGCAGAACAUGGGGGGAAUAAUGUAAAUUAACUGACAAGACGACACAGGUCUUCAUCAACUACUGACCGACUCAUAUAGACUUGGAGCGAAUUUUGAUCCGAACAAGCAAAGGUACCAAAUGAGGUAGUUAAUGAUUAUAUAAAGUGUAAAAUUUUUCAAAAUUCUGUUUGCCUGAUUACUUCGCUGCGGGGAUUAAUGGAGAUGGAAGAGGAUGCGGGAAAAGUGAGGGCGUUGAUAGAGAAGGCCACCAAUUCAACGGCGGCCCACGUCGACCCCCGCCUCCUCAAAGGCAUCAAAACGGUUGUCCGAUACUCUGACUCGGAGCUCCGACUCGCCGCCCAAAUCCUAAUGGAUUUCAUGAAACGCGACCACUCCCAGGUUAGGUAUUUGACGCUUCUAAUAAUUGAUGAACUAUUUAUGCGAUCAAAGCUAUUUAGAGCUCUAGUUGUUGAGAAUUUAGAUAAGCUAUUAAGUUUAAGCGUGGGAUUUAGAAGAAACCAUCCGCUUCCUGCUCCACCGGCAGUUGCGUCCGUUUUGCGUUUAAAAGCGAUUGAAUUCUUGGAGAAAUGGAAUUCUUCUUUUGGAAUUCAUUACAGACAGAUUAGAUUAGGUUUUGAUUACCUUAAAAACACGCUCCGGUUUCAGUUUCCAAAUGUUCAGGCCAUUGCAGCACGAGUUCAGCAAGAGAGGAGGGAAAGGGAGAUGAGGACGAAAGAGAUCCUAGUUAACAAGUUUGAGGCUUUGAAGGAGAAUUUAUCUUCGUUGAAGGAGGAAAUUCGGGAAACUGUUGAUGAGAUUGGGGAGUGUUUAGAGAUUGUUAAGAAUAAAGAGGAGAAUGUGGUGAUUGGCGCUUUAGAUGACGAGGAUUUUGAAGAGUUUCAUCCUUUGGAGUUGCGUCAGCUCCGGCUUGAUUCGUUGAAAGAGGGGGAGAAGGUCUGCGAGAAUAGUGAGAAUAAAGUGGUUUUCGAUGCAUUGAGGGAGUUGUACAAGCUCUUAGUGACAAAGCAUUUGGUUUCGGUCCAAGAAGGAAUCUCUAUUCUAAUCAGGGUUGAAGUGGAAGAUUUGAGAUUAAGAGAUUCUAUGCUCAAGGAGUUCAUUGACAUCCGAAAUCACCUUCAAUCAAUGAAGAAGAAAUGUGUUGAAUCAGGUUGCGUUCUUCCAGACAUUACAAAGCAUGACAAAGAAGAGGAAGAAGAUUUUUGGGAGGAGGGUAAGGUUGAAUCAACUGGCCUUGGGAAUUUUAGUGAACCCAAUAAGCGAUCUGAAAACUCUUCUGCGCCAUCAACUUCUGGAGAGGUGAAAAAUGAACCUUCUGAAUGCAGUACUGAGAAGUCGAAACGUGACGAGUCUCCGGGUUGUGAAGGUGGUGGAACUGAUUCCAGCUCUCUUCGAAGUAAGCUCAUGGCUGAAGCUCCAGUGAUAGAGUGGGGCUCUUUUUUGGACACCUGGGGUUCAAACAGGGAUGUUUUAGCCAACCACAGGGGCCUUGAGCUUGAAAGUCACUGGGGUAGGGUGGACCAUGAUGCAGUUAUUCCAGCAAAGAAAAUUGCUGAAUUGAACCUUCAGGCAACUCUUUACAAAGAAGACCGAGUUGAAACCCAGCCAUGUCGAGUUCCAUUACGGAAGGGUGGACUCUGUCAGAGAAGAGAUUUGAGAGUUUGCCCCUUUCACGGACCCAUCAUUCCCCGUGACGAUGAAGGAAAUCCUAUCAACCAGGACACUUCAACUAGUGACGUGACUCUUGAUUUAGGGACUGAUUUAGUAGAGCAAUUAGCCAAAGAAGCUGUGAAGAAUGUUUGGGACAGAGGUAAUGAGGAAGCAAGGAAAAGAAAAAUGGACAAACAUUCACAGCAACGAGCUAGGCUUGCAAAGAUACGAGAACAUAAUCAAGCUGUUCUGAGGGAUGCUGCAGUGGCUCCAAAUUCUGGAUCUUCAGUUAUUGGGGACGAUGUCGAGGCAUCGAGGAGGGACAGUUUGUUGGCUAGAAACAAAAUGGAAACUCUCGCGUCAAUGUUGCACAAGAAAGUAACCACCAAAGAUAGGUUGUCUCGGAGACUUUUGAAUACCAGGGCAAGUGAUGCAGUGACAAGGCAGCUUACACUGGGAGAAGAUGCUAAUUAUAGAGAAGCCUUUCCAAAUCAAUGGUAGAAUAUGGAUAUUCCAUUGUUGGAAUGUCGCGCUUUCUUAAAGUACCGAGCAUCUGAAGAUACUUAUGCUGGUAAUGGGCCCCAAUAGUGCCAUCCAUGUUGACGGACAAGCAGUUUCAGACUUUCAGUUGCAUGUUGAAGCAUAAGAAUUUUGCUGUACACAUUGUGUGAUUUUGGAGAAAGACGAGUACUUUUGUAAAAACUUUUGUAAUUACAAGCUUUGAUGGGAAGAUUUUGUAAUGAUAUGUUUUUUAAUCUCUUCGCACAAA